AUGAUCUGCAUCAAGCCCGACGCUGAAGCCAGAGUCCUUGAACCUCAUCCUUGGGGUGGGCAGUAUGCCAAGGCAUUGGAGAGGCUCAGCCUCAGUGUCAAACCCGACCAUGGUGCGGUUCUUUGGACUCCUCACACCAUAACCACAACAACCCCUGGCAUCUUGCCUGUCAGUGUUCUGGAAGCCGUGGCCAUCGACCUUGACCUGAGGUAG